UGGACUACCUUCCUCUCGAGUCAUGUAGUCGCACUGUCGUAGUCCCUUCUGCUCCGCGUUGUCUCUCCAGGAGGCAGAUAAGAACGUAGAGAUACAGGCUCGACAAACUGGGACUCCAUAGCCUGCGGUCGAGAGUUGGUUUUUAUAUAUAUAUUUUUUUUAGUUUUCCAGCCCCAGCUGCGUCGAUCUCCGAUCUCCUCCCUGGCUCGUUGCUUGUUUACAGAACAGAGUUCUUUUUUCCACAUUCCGGUGAGCGUUGCGUCCAGGGAUCCCUAGAGUCAUCCGCCAUGGUGAAUCCGGGAGGCAGCCAGGGAUACGUCCCGAAGAAUAUUCUCAUCACGGGCGCAGCUGGUUUCAUUGCUUCCCAUGUCGCUAACCGCCUCAUCCGAAACUAUCCGCAUUACAAAAUCGUAGUGUUGGACAAGUUGGAUUACUGCUCGAAUCUGAAGAAUCUGUUCCCGUCGAAGGCCUCGAAGAACUUCAAGUUCGUGAAAGGAGACAUUGCUAGCGCGGAUCUAGUGAACUAUCUUCUCAUUACGGAGGGAAUUGAUACUAUCAUGCACUUCGCCGCACAGACACACGUUGACAACUCCUUCGGAAACAGUUUUGAGUUCACGAAGAACAAUAUCUACGGCACUCAUGUCCUCCUCGAGGCAUGCAAGGUGACUGGUCAGAUCAAGCGCUUUAUUCACGUGAGCACGGACGAAGUGUACGGGGAGACUGAGGCGGAGGCCAUUGUUGGAAACCACGAGGCGUCGCAGUUGCUGCCAACGAACCCCUACUCGGCCACGAAGGCAGGAGCAGAGAUGUUGGUGAUGGCCUAUGGACGCUCCUAUGGGCUCCCUUGCAUCACGACUCGCGGUAACAACGUGUAUGGGCCCAACCAGUUCCCAGAGAAGUUGAUCCCGAAGUUUAUCCUGCUAGCCAUGCAGGGGAAGCCGCUGCCGAUUCACGGCGACGGGUCCAACGUUCGGAGCUACCUGUAUUGUGAGGAUGUUGCUGAGGCGUUUGAAUGCGUACUUCACAAGGGUGUCAUUGGGAAUGUGUACAAUAUUGGCACGAAGAAGGAGCGUCGCGUGAUCGAUGUGGCGAAGGACAUCUGUGAGCUUUUCAACUUGGACUACAAGAAAUCGAUUAAGAUGGUGGACAACCGACCGUUUAACGACCAGCGGUACUUCCUUGACGACAAGAAGCUCAUUGAUCUCGGAUGGCAGGAGAGGACAAGCUGGGUCGAUGGUCUGCAAAAGACGAAGGACUGGUACACUAGCCACCCCGACUGGUGGGGCGAUGUGUCCGGCGCUUUGGUGCCGCACCCGCGGGCAUUGACGAUGCCUGGAGUGGAGAAGCUCGCUGAGAUGCAGAAGGGUGAGGCGGUAGUUGCUGUGAAGGAGGAGACUGCGGCGGAGAACGGCGCAGCGGCGACGUCGAACGGGACAUCGAAUGGUCUUGCGGAUGGAAUCGUGUCGAAGGUGGUGGAUCCGAUCAAGAACUUAGUGAGGAAUCCGGACUUGAAGUUUUUGGUUUAUGGGCGGACUGGAUGGCUCGGGGGGCUUCUAGGCAAACUGUGCGAGAAGCAGGGGAUUGCGUACGAGUACGGGUCUGGACGUCUAGAGAACAGAAGCUCUCUGGAGGCUGAUAUAGCCGCGGUGAAGCCGACGCAUGUUUUCAACGCGGCGGGUGUGACCGGUCGUCCCAAUGUGGACUGGUGCGAGAGCCACAAGGUGGAGACGAUUCGAGCCAACGUUGUGGGUACUUUGACUCUGGCGGACGUGUGCAAGCAGAACAGUUUGGUCUUGAUAAACUACGCAACUGGGUGUAUAUUCGAGUACGACGAGAAGCACCCCCUGGGCAGUGGAAUCGGUUUCAAGGAAGAGGAUACCCCCAACUUUGCAGGAUCGUACUACUCCAAGACCAAGGCUAUGGUUGAGGAUCUCUUGAAUGAGUUCGACAACGUGUGCACAUUAAGGGUCCGGAUGCCUAUCUCCUCUGACUUGCAGAACCCACGGAACUUCAUCUCGAAGAUUGUGAGGUAUCAGAAGAUCGUGAACAUCCCCAACAGCAUGACAAUCCUCGACGAGCUGUUACCAAUCUCAAUCGAGAUGGCGAAGCGCAACCUGACAGGAAUCUGGAACUUCACCAACCCUGGAGUGGUGAGCCACAACGAGAUUAUGGAGAUGUACAAGGAGUACAUCGACCCCGAGCUUUCAUGGGUGAACUUUACCAUCGAGGAACAAGCCAAGGUGAUUGUUGCCGCCAGGAGCAACAACGAGAUGGAUGCGUCCAAGCUGAAAAAGGAGUUCCCGGAGAUGCUCGGUAUCAAGGAGUCCUUGAAGAAAUAUGUGUUUGAGCCCAAUAGGCAAACCCCAGUGAGCAAGUAGGUAGCAGCAGCAGCAGCAUGAACAGGACUCUACCUGAAAAUUGAAAAUUGAUUUGCGGAUUGCGGUAAACGUAGUCGAACGCAUGGAUAGGAAAAGGAGCACUCUUUGUCUAUUACUCCUACAGUACAGAAAUUAAUACUGAAUGAAAUGUUAAGUAGUAGUUGCAGAGUAGGCGAUUUCUUUUAAGUGCACCAUUUUAUCUGUAAAGGCCUAUUUGACAAUUGCAAUGGAGUUUUUGUCACUUCUAAAAUUGACAAUAUCAUUCAUUGUUC